AUGUCGAUGAUGUUCCCAUCAUUUCAGCUCCUAGAGCUGAACAUAAUCUCAGCUCAAGACUUAGCUCCCGUCUCCCGCAAGACCAAGACUUACGCGGUCGCAUGGGUCCACCCCGAACGUAAACUCACCACACGCGUCGACUACAACGGCGAAACAAACCCAACAUGGAACGACAAAUUCGUAUUCAGAGUCAACGACGAGUUUCUCUACUCAGACACUUCAGCCGUAGUCAUCGAAAUCUACGCUUUGCAUUGGUUCCGAGACGUCCACGUAGGCACAGUCCGUGUCCUCAUCAGCAACCUCAUCCCUCCUACUCGUCGUCCAGGGUACAGAACCAACACCAACGAGUACCAUCGCACGCCACCUCAAGGGAUGAGAUUCGUCGCGCUUCAAGUUCGUCGUGCCUCUGGUCGUCCUCAGGGGAUUCUCAACAUUGGUGUUGGAGUACUUGAUGGUUCCAUGAGAAGCAUGCCUCUCUAUACACAUAUGGACUCAUCUGCUGUAGGGUAUAGAGAUCUUCUUGGUGAAGAGGAUCGUCAUCUACAACAUUUGCAUUUAAAUAGUAACAAAGGAAGCUCCAAGAAUCCACAAUCUCCGUCUUCUAGGCAGUUUCAAUCUGUUGUCUCUAGACCAGAGCUUCGUCGUACAAAGAGUGAUACAAGCUCAAUGGUUGUUUCUGAUCUCUUAAGCAGAGUUGAACGUAGCCGCCUAGCUAAACAGCCAGCAAGCGCAUUAGUAAGCAGCGAAGAAUUUGAAACUGAACCAACCACUACGGAUACUGAUGCCACGGAGAUAAAAGAAAAUGGACCUACUAAUAAAGUCAUUAAGCAUAUAUACGAACCAGACUUCAUAGAUCCGGUGGUAACGAAAAGGGAGAGUCAUGACGUGUCAUACCAUCAUUCGUCACGUAAAACACCUAAGAAAGUGACAAUUAACGUCGAGAAACAUAGACCAGUUAAGGCUAGAGCUUCGCCGUACUUAUCAAGACAUGGAACGCCGUUGAGAUCUAACAUCGUCGCAUCUUCUCCAAUGCCACCUAACGGAGUUAGGUCAACACCAAUGAGAUCAAAAAUUGUCGCCAUGUCUCCCAUGCAUCCCAACAUGACUCCCAUGCAGACUCCUAUGCGUUCCAACAUGACUCCCAUGCAAACUCCUAUGCGUUCCAACGUGCUUAGAUCAACACCAAUGAGACCAAACUACAUGUCCACACCGAUGAGGACAUCGAACUUAGCUGGGAGAAGAAUCAUAACCCAGUCGGAGUUAGGUCCAUCACCAUCAGAAGUAGCUGAGAAGAUCGCAAAAGAGAGGUCUCACGACACGGAAAGCUCAAUACUCAGCGAGUGGAGCAUCGAUGAAACUAGCGUGGAAGGGUUACGUUCGAAACUCCAGAGGUGGCGUACGGAGCUGCCACCGUUGUAUGACAUAGGAUCAAGCCAAGUAAGCAGCACUGAGUACGACGGUUCGAUUGUCCCAGCAGGAGGGAGAAGUUCAAGACGGAAAACUCCAGCGGUGAAGAAGCAUAGUCGUAGGCAUACAGAAGGAGGUAAUGGUCUUUUCUCGUGUUUCAGUAAGAUUUGCGGCGUGGAAUGCAGUUUCGCAUGCGGUGGCGGUGGUGGUGGUGGUGGUGGUGGUGGGGAUCAUGAUGAGUCGAGGAGAGGUAGGGCUGGUCGCGUGCAUCGCACGUACUCUGCUGAUGAUUUGAGCGCUUUGUGAUAUUAAAUAUUUUUGGGUCGCCUGUUAUAUUAUUUUAUUUUUGGAGGGGGGUGGAAAAGUUAAUAUUGGUGAUGAAAACGAUUUGUUUAAUCUUAUAACUGUUGUUGAUAAAUCAUUCAGUAUGAUAUUAAUCG